UCACGUGUGUCCCCGAGGUCCACGUGGGGCGACACAGCUGGGCCGCCCCCGGCUGCGUGGACGGGGGCGAGGAGGGGGAGAAAGGAAGAAGAGAGAAGAAAAAAAACCCCUCAUCCCCUCGCCCCCUUCCACCCUGAUCUUUAAUGCAUACACUCCCUCGGCGCCGCUCUCCCGUAAUCCUAUGGGAUCAGCAGGCCCGUGGAGGCCCCCCGGGGUCCCCCCCAAGAAGUGAUGGCUUUAUAAGGGGGCCGAAGAGAGAGGGGAUGCAGAGCCCACCAUGGCCUCCAAGCUCAAGGAGCGGAGGAGGACGCCGGUUUCCCACAAAGUGAUUGAGAAGCGGAGGAGGGACCGCAUCAACCGCUGCCUCACCGAGCUGGGGAAGACGGUGCCCAUGGCUCUGGCCAAGCAGAGCUCGGGAAAGCUGGAGAAAGCGGAGAUCCUGGAGAUGACGGUGCAGUACCUGCGGGCCCUGCACUCGGCGGACUUUCCCCGCGGCCGGGAGAAGGCAGAGCUGCUCUCCGAGUUCGCCAAUUACUUCCACUACGGCUACCACGAGUGCAUGAAGAACCUGGUCCACUACCUGACGACGGUAGAGAGGAUGGAGACCAAAGACACCAAGUACGCCCGCAUCCUGGCCUUUCUCCAGUCCAAAGCACGCUUCGUUACCGAGCCUCUCUUCACGUCCCUGGGCUCCCUCCCGGAGCCGGACUUUUCCUACCCGCUGCAUCCUGGGCCCGAGUGCCCCGGGCACGUCCACAGUCCCGCCGAGGGCGUGCUCCAGCCGCCCUCGGGGGGGCCAUUCCCCUGGCACGGCGCCGCCCGCAACCCCUCCCUGCCCUACCACUUGCCCAGCGCCGCCGUACCCCUCGCCAGCCCCGGCCAGCAGCGCAGCACUUUCCUCUCAUCCGUGCAGGGGCUGGACCGCCACUACCUCAACCUCCUCGGCCAUUCCCACCCCAACGCGUUCGGGCUGCCCCCGGGCCAGCACCCCUCCAUGCUAUAGAGACUCGUCCCGCCUAAAAAACACCUAUUUAUGACCGCGGACACUGCGGGCUACACCCGGGCGCACGGGGAGGCUGCUGGGGGCAGGGAGAUGCGCAGGGGUCCCGGCUGGCGAGGAGCCCCCGGGAACCCAGCUCUGCCCCCGCCCGCCCUCUCCAAGGGCCUGAAGCUGUCCCCACCCGCUCGUCUUCCCACCUCCGGGUUCAGUGCCUGUACAAGUUAUGCCUUGGAAUAAAAGUUUAUACCCGCCGCUGCUUUUUGUUUCCGUGAGGGAGCUUCCUCGGGUGGCGGUGGGAGUCUCCCCACGCAGCCACCCAGGGCAAAAAAACCCACGAGCGAGCCGUGGUCAGCGAGGGCCGGGAGCUUGCUGCACGCAGCGGCCGUGGCCGGCGCUUCGGGCAGGCGGGGCAGGACGCGACGGGCCGGGGGUCGGUGCCGCCGGCUUCUGCUCCCAGGCUGUCACCGGAGGCUGGGAGGGAGUGCCGGGGUGCUCCGGAGGUGGCGGAUGUCCCGUUCCCCCGCAAACCCUGCGGGUGCUGCCCUCCCACGCGCCCGUGGAGGGUGCUCCAGAGGCACGUGUCCGAACGGCAUCUCCCGUGUGCUUUGCCAGCGAAUUUCUCUGCGGCGCAGCUUGUUCAGAGGAGGAAGAGUAAUGGUGAAGGCGCAGGACGGGGCGGGGAGGGCAGGCGGCCGCCGCGGAG